AUGGCUAAACGAAUUUCUCAAAGCUCUGUAAACUGGGCUGCACUCGCUGAGAGAGUGCCGCCUAACCAGAAAUCAAACUUAUCCGCUUUUAAAAUGAAGUCGGACGCUUAUCUUAGAAGGGUACUUGCGAAUCCUGCAGAAGCACCUAAAAUUAACUGGAAUCAAUACAAGGCGGCAAUUACAAUUCCCGGAAUGGUUGAGAACUUCCAGAAGCAAUAUGAAGCUCUUAAGAUUCCCUACCCAGCUGAUACUCUAACUUCUCAGAUUGAUGCACAAUGGGUUCAAAUUCAAAAGGAAAUUGAGGCAUAUGUUAAAGAGUCAAAUGCUAACAUUGAAGGUUAUGAAAAGAAGAUUGCUGAAACGAAGGCUCUUCUGCCAUUUGACCAGAUGACUAUGGAAGACUUCCGUGAUGCUUACCCUGACAUGGCACUCGAUCCGAUCAACAAGCCUACCUUCUGGCCCCACGGCCCUGAAGACCAGAUUGACUACGUUGACCCAGAAGCCAAUAAGCAAGCUCCAGCUCAUUAA